AAUAUACACUUGGCGUCACAAAAAUCGCACAUCUUUAAAAUUAAGUUUCAAACGGGCAUUUCCCCGAACCAAAACAUUUAAUCCAAACAAUAAAGAUAUAAAUUGAAAGUACAGUUAAUGACCUCUUAUCCGAUAGUAGUUUCAUUUCAUAAACAAUAAUCAUAUUCCGAGUAUACGGUGCAUUAGGAAAAUGUAUAAAUAUACUCCUAUCUUAUCUUAUAUUCUUUGGCUAUAGAAAAAUCAGUUUAAAGUGUCAAAUGCAGGUCAUUCACUUCCUAAACAUUGAAAAGGACGUACGUGAAUACUCUUUAAACAAUAUUAUUUCAAAAAAUAACGUAUUAAAUGGAUACAACUGCUAACGAAGCCGCUCAAGUGGUAGCAUUAAUGGAAUCAGGGAUGCAUCAAUGUGAUGUUGCACGGCAACUAAACUUGAGCCGUUUUGCCGUUCGACGAGUUUUCCAACGUUAUCAAGAGACUGGUGGCUUUAUCCGGAGGCAUGGAUCAGGCCGNCCAGCGAGAAGUCCAGACCUAAACCCAAUUGAGCACCUCUGGGACGAAUUAAAACGAAGAGUGCGGUCACAUGAUCCUGCCCCAACAACCCUCCAAGAUCUUCAAUAUGCUGUUGUUGCGGAAUGGGUGAACAUUCCUCAAGAACGCAUCGUACGACUCAUAACUUCUAUGAAAGAUCGUAUGGAAGCAGUAAUUAAGGCAAGAGGAAGUAGCACUAGAUUUUAA